CAGCGCUGCACCGCACCCUGGGAGAGACACCGCAACAGACCCGCCCUCUCGGAACAGUCGUUAGGCUGACUUUGCAUCUUGAGCUGAGCCUCACCGUGUCGCCGCCUAUGAACCUCCUCCAUCAACUCUACCGACUUCGCUCGUUACCGCUAUAACCCGCUCUUGCUGCAUGCACGCUCUGUGACCUCUCGGCGGGCGCGACUGAUCCCAAGAUCCCCCACUGCGCCAACGACUCCCCCGCAACGGUACCAAUGCGCGCGAACAACCAGAACUACCGCAACUUGGACGACUUGACUCCGCCUGACCGGGAACUGGUGCCUUGGUAUUGGCGCCUUAUAGCUUUCGCUGCGUCAUGGAUGAUACUCGGAGGAUACCUCAUACUUCCUGCCCUCUACGAUAAAAACCCCGAGCUGCGCUUCAGCAAGACCGUCAUCAGUGUUCUCGUCGUCGUUCUCCUCACCGCAGGCUACUCCUUCACCGCACUACUAUGCUUCGCCUGCCGCAAUGAGAUGUUCCAGGCCGAGGCAAUAUUCCUACCCUCCCUCGCAUCCUCAGCCCUCGGCCUCCUCACCAUCCUAUACAACUUCGUCUCCAGCACGCGCUACACAUGGAACACCGCCGCCAUCAUAGCCACGGUGCUAUCCAGCAUUUCCGCCGUCAUCUACGGCCUCCUCCUGAUCUGGACCCACCGGCGCAUAUUAAAAAUACGAGAGUCCAGCUCCUCCCGCUCGCAAAACAUGUGGUCGGACCCCUCCUUCUACUCCAACUUCGUCCAGAACAUGUACCCGUCGGCACGGGCGACGCCCGCCGACCGCCCGCCGCUCUCCGAAGACGACCUCGUCAACCAGCAAAUGGCCAUGCUGCUCAUGAAAUCCGACUCGGGCCCGUCGCCCGACGCGUCCCAGUCCACCUUCCGCAUCGACCUGCCCGAGGACCGAGAAGAGCGCGAGCGCCUCGCCAACAGCUCCGAGCUGCUCGCCACGCCCACAAUCUCCCACCACAGCAACCGCGGCCGCUCCCUCAGCGUCAACAACUCCCCGAACCCCGCCUACGACCGCAGCGCGUGGGAGCGCCGCAUGGAGGACGGCCGCGGCCGCAGCGACAUCCGGCCGACGCCCAGCCAAGUAUCGGGCGGGCACUCGCGCGCCGUGAGUCGGGAAGAGCGCCGGCGGGAGAUCGAGCUAGGGUCGUAUCCGGGCCAGCGAAGCAACGGAAGCUGAAGCUGAAGCUGCAUUGUAACGAAAGAUCUCUAUGUGACUUUGAGCUCGGCGCUGGCAGGAUUCUUGGGGGAGCGGGGAGGUGUUGCUGCUUUUUGGGGAUUUACUAAUGAUGGGCGAAAACCUGGGCAUUUGGCGCGUUUUGGCGUACGAAAUGAUGGUUUAUAGAAUUCUUGGAAAUAUGAAUGAUAUCUAGGAUGGAGAAUAUUGG